UUAGUUUUCUUCAUCUAAAGCUUUUGCAGUAUUCAGAAAAAUAAAUAAAUAAUACAUACUGCUUUAGCUUUGGAACACCUUUAAUCAUUUUUAAAAUGGCACGUCAAUUUGUCGUAUUGGCUCUAUUGGCUUUGGUGGUGGCCACCGCAUUCGCUGCCGACGCACCCUCGGCUGCUCCCACCGCCUCCCCUACAAAAGCACCCACCACGCAGACCAAGGCACCGGCUGCUGCACCCAAAUCAUCGUCAGCCUCCGCACCCAAAGCAUCGUCCCCUGUGGCAGAGGAACCAACAGCCGAAGACGAUUACGCAGCAACCAGCCCGAGUGAAUCUGCGGAGGGACCCACCGUCUCCUCCCCACCAGCUCCUACCCCAGAGGUUGUUGAUGGGCCAUCAUCCGAUGCACCCACCCCCGGCCCCGAGGUACUCGACGGCAGCGCCACUAAUGUGAAGCUCUCCAUCGCCGGCACUGUCGCCGCCGUCGGAUUCUUCUUCUUCUCUCUCUAAGUUGAUAAACAACUUUGUUUCAUAUGACUUUGUGUAACUUUUGAGAUGACACCAAAUCUUUUCUAUAUGCGAAUUAUUAUAUCAAAAGAUUAAAGGGACCUAUUAUUAAUUAUACUACUAAUGUUCUUGUAAUA